AUGAGUUCAAAAGAGAACUACAGAAUCGAGCUUCGAACUGCGAUUCGUCAGCUAAGCGACCGUUGUCUCUAUGCAGCUUCCAAAUGGGCGGCAGAGCAGCUUGUGGGUAUUGAGCAAGACCCGGCAAAGUUUACUCCUGCAAACACCAGAUUCCAGCGCGGGAGCUCCAGCAUUCGACGCAGGUUUCGCACCAAUGAGAUCACUUCCACGCCAGCUGCUGGAGUGUCGUACGUCUCAACUCCGGUGAUGGAGGAAGAUGACAUCGUGGAUGGUGAUUUUUACCUUCUUGCUAAGUCGUAUUUUGAUUGCCGAGAGUACAGAAGAGCUGCUCAUGCGCUUCGUGAUCAAAAUGGAAAGAAGUCAGUGUUCUUGCGCUGCUAUGCUCUUUACCUGGCCGGAGAAAAGCGGAAAGAGGAAGAAAUGAUAGAACUUGAGGGGCCCCUAGGUAAGAGCGACGUUGUGAAUGGUGAACUGGUUUCUCUUGAGAGGGAGUUAUCAACCCUUCGCAAGAAUGGUACUAUUGAUCCUUUUGGCCUCUACUUGUAUGGUCUUGUGCUCAAAGACAAAGGCAGCAAGAGUCUUGCCCGUACAGUUCUUGUGGAGUCUGUUAACAAUUACCCUUGGAACUGGAGUGCCUGGUCGGAGCUGCAGUCCUUGUGCACUACAGUUGACAUUUUGACCACCCUUAAUCUCAAUAACCAUUGGAUGAAGGACUUCUUUCUUGCCAGUGCUUAUCAAGAACUAAGGAAACACAAUGAAUCCUUAGCAAAAUAUGAAUAUCUCCAGGGUAAUUUUGCUUUUAGUAAUUACAUUCAGGCUCAAAUUGCAAAGGCCCAAUACAGUUUGAGGGAAUUUGAACAAGUUGAAGCAAUUUUUGAAGACCUUCUGAGGAAUGACCCUUACCGAGUGGAGGACAUGGAUAUGUAUUCCAAUGUGCUAUAUGCAAAGGAAUGUUUCUCUGCACUGAGUUAUCUUGCUCAUAGAGUAUUUAUCACUGAUAAAUACAGACCAGAAUCUUGUUGCAUUAUUGGCAAUUACUACAGCUUAAAAGGGCAGCAUGAGAAGUCAGUUGUGUACUUUAGGAGGGCACUCAAGUUGAACAGAAAUUAUUUAUCUGCUUGGACCCUUAUGGGUCAUGAAUAUGUUGAAAUGAAAAACACCCCAGCUGCUGUCGAGGCAUAUCGGCAUGCCGUCGAUAUAAAUCCAUGUGAUUAUCGAGCUUGGUAUGGAUUAGGACAAGCUUAUGAGAUGAUGAGUAUGCCCUUUUAUGCUCUUCAUUACUUCAAGAAAUCUGUAUUCUUGCAGCAAAAUGAUUCUCGGUUGUGGAUUGCCAUGGCUAAGUGUUAUGAAACUGACCAGCUCCACAUGAUUGAGGAAGCAAUUAAGUGUUACCAAAGGGCAGUGAAUUGUAAUGACAGGGAAGCCAUUGCCCUGCACCAGCUUGCAAAGCUACAUUUUGAACUUGAACGUUCUGAUGAGGCAGCUUAUUACUACAAGAAGGAUUUGGAGAGGAUGGAAGCUGAAGACAGGGAAGGACCAAAUAUGGUUGAAACCCUUCUAUUUCUUGCUCAAUACUACAGAGACCAGAAAAGAUUUGAAGAAGCAGAGGUCUACUGUACCCGUCUUCUAGAUUAUACUGGCCCAGAAAAGGAAACAGCAAAAAGUUUACUUCGAGGAAUGAGAAUGGAACAAUCUGGUGGUCCUUCAAUGGAUGUUGAGCACUUUCCUCCUUAA